AUAAUCAUCCGCAAGGUUUGCUCGGACAAUUAGAUCAGAGCUAGAUUUAUAUAUUAUAUAUCUAUAUAGAGAGAGAAAGUGAGUUGAGAGAUGGAGAAGAAAGGAGCCGGUGGAAGGAAGGGAGGUGGCCCAAGGAAGAAGCCGGUUACCCGGUCUGUCAAGGCCGGUCUGCAAUUCCCGGUCGGCAGGAUAGGUCGCUACCUGAAGAAGGGACGGUAUGCGCAACGUGUCGGAACCGGCGCUCCGGUUUAUAUGGCCGCCGUGCUUGAAUACCUAGCGGCAGAGGUUUUGGAAUUGGCUGGAAAUGCUGCCCGGGACAACAAAAAGAACAGGAUCAUCCCAAGGCAUGUUCUGUUGGCAGUGAGGAACGAUGAAGAGCUUGGAAAGUUGCUUUCUGGUGUGACCAUUGCUCAUGGUGGAGUCCUCCCAAAUAUCAACCCAAUUCUCUUGCCCAAAAAGACUGAGAAGGCUGGCAAGGAACCCAAGUCUCCAUCCAAAGCCACAAAGUCUCCCAAGAAGGCUGCUGCUUAGAUUAUUUCCUCUACUAUCUUGUUACCUCCUCAUUUCCUCUGUAUGUAGUUUUGGUUCUAGGGUUUGUUUUAUUUUAUUUUUUUUGCUGUGCAGAGUAAUUGAAGGAUGAGAAAAAUGGACCAUUGUAAUCUUUGAAUGUCUCUGAACUUCAUGCUAGAAUUGUUCCAAUGAAUGAAAAGCUCUGUGUUUUUGGGGA